AUGGCCGAUUCUGAGGUCGCCAAUUUCUAUAACCUCCCGUCGGAAUACCCCGAGGAAUGGCCCGCCGAGCUUGAAGAGAGCGAGGAUUCCGAGGAUGAGACCCUCCAACGACGUGGUUCGCGAUCCCGAUACUUCGCCCUCGAACGCAGCAACAGUGGUCGGAAAGGACCGAAUCUCGGGUCGUUCAAAGGGAAAAAUGGGAGGGACAACCUCGUGAAAAUGGACGAACCCGAUCCGCUCGGGUCUGGGGAGUCUGUGUUCAAGAUCUUGAAGAAGAGAGGGUUGUCUCUGGAGGAAGAGGGUCGUUUGCGCAACCGCUUCCUUCUCUCGUCUACCUCGUUCUCGCCGGCUCUCUUCCUCUCACAGGCGCACUCAGAUGCAUCGAUCAAAUCACUCCUCAGUGGACUUGAUUUCCUGUCGCGAUCCAUCGAUCAGAAAUCGGCCUCGUUGAAGGUUCUCGUUGAAGCCAAUUUCGAGCGCUUCGUUCGCGCCAAGGCGACCAUCGACAGUGUCUAUACCGAGAUGAGGAACCAGGGAAGGGAACAAAACACGUCCGUACAACAAGCUCAUCGUCGGUCAGGGCAUUUCCGGAAUUAUUCGGGAGGGAUGCAGACGGUUCCCUCCCCGGCUCCGUCGGACUCGGCACCCGGGAAGAACGCUCUCACCAAAGAGAGUGAGUACGGCAUAAAAGGCAUUCGCGUUCCUUUGCUGGAGGCUUCUGUUAAAGCCGAGGAAGUGUGGGGUCCUGCACUAGGAGGCCGUGAAAGAGAACAAGCGCUGAAAUCGGUGGUUGAGGCGAUGGAGAAACACCGCGACGUAUAUGAGAUCGGCGGGAUGCUUUCAAAAUCCAUUAAGCAGAGAGACUACGAUUCCGUCUUUGAGCAAUAUACCAAGGCAAGAACUCUUGCCAAGGACGCAAAAACCAUCGCGGACAGGGCGAUUAGCAAGCAGCGACCGUUAACUGAUGAAGAUAUGCAUUUAAUUCUAGCCAUGGGGCGGAUGUGGAUGGACGUCGAUCAGCAACUACAGGCGUUCAAGCGUGACCUCUGGAGACGUCUCGGCGACGCGCCUACUACCUCGACAACAGUGACGGCAUCCGGGCCGGUUGAAGAACACAUGGAACUCAUAGGUGCCUUGCUGGAGCUGGGAGUGGACGACAACCCUAUCUGGGUCUGGCUACUCAGUAGGUACAAUUUUUUGAAAACUAAAAUAACUGCAUUCUGCGAACGGUGCAAAACGGAAAUCGAAAUUCUGCGGCGCAGGCUCGCCAGCGGCGAGAAACCAAGUCCUCGAGCCGUUGCAUCAUAUCUCAAACUGGCACCGCGCGACAAUGCCAAAGAUACCCAAGAUAUGCUGGAUACUGAUCAGAUCAUUGAACUCUGGGAUUGCGUUCAUACCUACCUCAAUAGGUUGCUGUCGUCGCAGGGAGGUAUUCUUGGGGAAGUGCUUGAUUUUUGGGAAGCGGCUCAGUCUUUCCUCGAUGGGAGCAAGCAAAAGCUGCUCCCUGCCGGGUUCGAAGGUGAAAGCCGGAAGCACCACCGGCUUUCGAGCGCCGAUUCGAGGGAUCUGCAGAAAGGCGUUGUCGAGCUGGUGAACCUCAUUCGAGAAAGUGUCCUAUCGUUAUUUGCCGACCCUCCGUUAGAGGAUAUCUCUCUGCUCACCUCGCCAAUAUCGCCACCCAGUCCCAACAGCCCAUUAAAUAUGGGGGUGACACCCACCGAGUCCCGGUUCAAGCUGGACCCCAAAAACAUGCCGUUUCCCACUCCAAAGAGCGGCGAACACUGGGAAGACUACGCGUUUUGGCCCCCGUUUUCCAAUGCGCUCAGUGGGGUGCAUUAUUUGGGCCAAUUCCUGGUCAUCAUCGGAACGGCGGCGAGCGAAAUGGCUGCCCUAGGCCCGGUAUUGAGCAAUGGCAACGCGCAUGGUCUUCUCAAGGCGCUUGUCAGCGUCGCCCGUGAGCGCGCGGUGCGAGUGGUCUGCGCUGCUUGGGGCAGGGACGCUGAGAUCUGCAAGAUGAUGGAAGACUGGACACGAGACCCCGAGAUUAGGGACCUCACGAAAAUGCCAAGCUUAUUUGUGGCUUUUGAAAAUGCAAUCAGUGGGGGAAUGCAAAAGAUUCUGUAUGUCUCGGAGGCUAUGGUCAAAGCCGGUGAUGUAGACAUCGUGACGCAGCCACCUACCAAGCUUCUUCAAAUGGUGCGCACCCAAUUUGUCUCCAGCGUUUACAAAGCCCUCAGCGGUCUAGUGGAGAACGCAGAGCACCCUGCCGCUCCAGAAGAGGACAACGAAUGGAUUCUCGCCGGCUCGACGGCGCGCAACCGGCCUGGAAUAUCUUCCGUUUUUGUGGCAGACUCUGUCGAUGCGCAGAACAGGAACGUGCGCAUUCUCCUUACUCUCUCGAACAUCAAAGCUCUCCAAACCGAUCUGGUGCCCCAGUUGGUCGCGAACUUUGAAACCUCUUUCUCCGUGAAGUUAACGGAUGAAGCCAAAACCAUUCGCGAUGUGCUCAAUCAAAUCGAUAACCGCCUGUUCCAGUCAUACACCAACCCAACUAUUGAGACAUUGCACACGACGAUCUUCCAUGGCAUUACAGCCGCCGAUUGGGAACCCUCCGUCGCUCGUCCUGACCAAGUCCGGUCCUACGUGUACAACACAUUGCUAACACUGGUGCUUGUUCACACGGAGAUCUCGACUACCAUUCCUUCUAGCGCAUCGGCUUCGACGCGCCCAUCAACGACAUCAACAUCGGCACCGUCCGCCCUGCUCUCCGUCGUGCUUACACAUCUACUGACGCAAAUUUCUUCGUCUCUCCUCAAGUCAUUCAGUUCGCGGUCUUCGUAUAGUCUCCCUGCCCUAAUGCAGGCCACUCUAGAUACGGAGUACAUUGCACAGACCAUGUCGCAGUACUCCACCGACGAGGCAUCGGCACUGCAAAGUCAAAUCUACGUUGAGCUGGACCGUCGCACCUCUCACGAAGCCCGCGCUCGACUUCAAUCGGAAUUGGGUGAAAUGAGGGGCGUUCUAAAAAGAUUACGAGAAAGAACCAAGGGGGAGUUUGCUUGCUUCAGGAGAGCAAGAAGCGGUGCGGGUCAAAAGGCAUCGGCAUAG